AAGCAGCAGUAGCUGUAGCUGUAGCACUGAGGCAGAAAGAACACACACAAAUGUACACAGAGCCAAAGGCAUUCCAUUGAAAGUAAACGACAAAGAAGGAUCCUCUUGCACCAGAGCCAGGAGCAGAGCCUCUCAAGUGAGGCCAAUUCCUUGAGCGACAAACGAUUUACAGUCUAAACAGACGACGACGACGGCGACUGGGACAAAAUGGCGGACUUGGAACGCAUACGCCUCGUGCUGCUUGGCGGGGCCGGAGUGGGCAAGAGCUCCAUUGUAAAGCGUUUCCUAUUUAAAACCUACACAGACAAGUACCGCGCCACCGUCGAGGAUCUCUACAACCGCGAGUACGACCUGGGUGGCGUCACGUUAAAGGUGGACAUUUUGGACACAUCCGGUGACAUGCAAUUCCCUGCCAUGCGACGCCUCUCCAUUGCCACGGCGCACGCGUUCAUGCUCGUCUAUGCCGCCACAUCAGCGCCCAGCUUCCAGUGUGUGAAGCAGUGCUUCGAGGAGAUCCGAGAGCAGCGCGGUGACUUCCAGGACAUUCCUAUUGUGAUUGCCGGGAACAAAGCCGACCUGGCCCCCACCCACAGGGAGGUGAAACAGGAGGAGGUGACAGAUUGGGUUUUCUGCGAGCUGCCGCGCUUAAGGGCCAAGGUCCUCGAGUGCUCAGCGAAAGAGGACAGCAACGUGACCGAUCUGUUCAAGUCCUUGCUUUCCCUGUCCCGCUUCCUGCCCACCAGCAGCAGCAGCAGCGGGUCCGGCGGCGGGGUGGCCGGCGAGGCGGCGCCCAGCGGAUUCAAGCGCCGCUCCUCCGCCUACGUCAGUGCCUCGUCCAGUCGCAACAAAAACCGCAUGAACAGUCCGGCUUUGGGCGCGGCUGGGGGCAGCGGCGACAAGAAGCCCUCCAGCCUCGUCGAUGCGGUGGAUGUGGCCAGCACCAGUGCCGAAGCGAAGCUGAAGCCGCGUUCCAGGUCCCUCAUCCGCCGCGCCUCCCGCAAGACCAAACAGCAAAUCAACAACGCAUCCGAUGACUGCAAUUUGCAGUAAAUAUUCAAGGCGUCGGGGGCAUAAUUAAAUUAUGGAUUAUGUGGCCACACAAUAUGUAUUAUUAAUAGUGGAUUGCAGUUAAUUAGUCUGCAUAAACAAAGGGCGCGAAUAUUUUUGUUCGAUGUAAUGAGUUGAUAACGUGUUUACGGCAUUAAAUUCGUGAAACCCAAACUUGCUCAAAGGCAAACAAACCAGUAACCCAGUAACCCAGUCACCCAGUCACCCAGUAUCCCUGUAACCCGUAUGUGUUGAUAAUAAAUGUACAACUCGAUAAUUAGUGUAUGCAAGCAAUACGUAUUUGCAUAUUGGCUAUCUAAUGCAUUAUUUUGUGCCACAAUGGCAUACUCCAAAAUGAAACUCCAUGCCUGAAUGCGUUCAGGAAAAAUAUUAUUUAAAGAGUGCAGAUUAUAUUCCCAUUUGUAGCAUUUACCAGACCGCAUCCAGCAGUCGAGUCCGAUGGUCGCUGUCCAUUUGUCAGAUAUCUAUGCCAAAAUGUCUCUCAGUUUUACUUAGAGAGAGAAACUGUCAGUCAGGGACUUUGCAUCUAUGGUUCUAUGGAAAAAUAACUCUUAAGCUGAGUUAAUUACAAAUAUUCAGGGGAAAUCGGUUUAGGGUCUGCAUUAGGAUGGGCUAUUAAUUCCUUGAACUGAAUUGAGUGGCACACCAUUUCGAUUUAUUGGUUACUACUGCUUAGGGGGACCAGUUUAUUUAUAUUUGAAAUUACUUUUAUACGACUAAAGAAUAUAGAUUUUCCACAGAGAAUUUUGAGAAUUUCACUCUUGCCUGAGGUGGAAAUUUGUGCGCGGAAUUUGAAUUUAAUCAGUGUCGGGAGAGGGGGAGGUCUGGCGGGGCAUCGAAGAAUCGUAGUACAGUUCAUAGA